AGCCCAGCUAAUGUCAUUGGCCUAUUUCACAUGUCUGCUGAUGUGCCGGGUUAGGCUGGUUCAGGUUUUUCGUAACCCAAUAUUGUUUAACAUUUUGUGGUAACACUGGUAGUAUGUCAGCUCGCUGCUAGGGCGACUUUACGAGCAGAUGUGAGCGUUACUCGUCAGCAUUUCCAACAGGACAAGGUCUAAUUCAGGCGUCGGCGGGCUAAGGCAGCAUUUGGCAAACACGAGCUAACGCUAGCUAGCUUCUCAAACGAGACUUGUGUCAGAAUGGGUGAGGAAAUCAACGAUAACCCCAUCAACACUGAGGAGGUAUCCGCCUGUAACGCAAAUGUUGAAGAAAACGGUGAAACGUUAGAAGGUGGUGCCAAAUAUUAUACCCUGGAAGAAAUAAGGGCGCAUAACGUGUGCAAGGACACAUGGCUUAUCAUCCACGAUAAAGUAUAUGACAUCACAAGUUUCCUUGAAGAGCAUCCAGGAGGUGAGGAGGUUUUGCUGGAGCAGGCAGGUGCAGAUGCCACGGAGAGCUUUGAGGACGUGGGUCAUUCCACAGAUGCUAGAGAGAUGCUCCAGCAGUACUUCAUCGGGGAGCUUCAUAUGGAUGACAGAAUAAAGGCGCCAACAAAGGAAACUACCACAACUCCAGGAGAGUCCAGCUCUUGGACCGUAUGGUUGGUACCUGCUGUCAUUGCAGCUGUUGUGGGUAUCAUGUAUCGCUACUAUAUGCUAGAGCACAAGUCCUCUUGAGUCCUGGCAUUCUCUCCUCAUCUCAUUCUUUUCAUCUGGAGGCCUUGAAAUGUUUGACCAAACCCUCCUCACACUGAACACACUCAAAUCAGGAGUGUCUGCAUCCUUUGAAGCAGUAACAGGAGGGCAGCAGACUGAAGUACUUUUGUCCUCCUCCCUCUACAUAAACCUCAACAAAUGUGUUGUUGAGCAGAGACUUUUCAUAAAAUUGUCUGUCUUCAAUUUCUUUGUAUUUUGUUUUCUCACUAUGCCUGUAGCCAUAAUUGUUAAAUGUUUUGUUUAACUUGCCUAUUCUUAUGCAUUGGACAAAAUUUGGCCUGUUUGUGUUGAUUUUCCGUUUCCCUGGUGAGGAAGGAUGUUUUUACUUGUCAACAGCACGAUACAUCACUCAAGCAGAUGUUAGUACAAAAAAAGGUAAAUACAAUCGGAAACCUUUUGUAAAAUGUAACAUUUAUUUACAGCUACUAAAUUAUAACUAUUAUUCAACUUAAACAGUAUGUUUUAGUUGAAUAAUAACAAUUUGAUUUAUCCCGUUCGCUCUUUACAGCACAGUUUAGGUGUUAAGCAGUGGUUGAUUUAUGUGGCAGUUGGUUCAAAAUUUCUAAUCUUUCCAAUAUAUAUAAUGGCAGUGUCAAAUGUCUGUUCUGUAUGAAACUGGUGAUAAAAACGUAUUGUCAGUGAUUAUUUAAGGUUGUGUGUUCUAACUUGAUCCACUUUUCUACAAUCACGUUAUCAGGAAUCAUACUUAAUUUGUGUGUGUUCAAAGUACUAGUUCAUGAGAUCCAUAUAAAUUUAUGUAAUAUAUAAUUAAACAACCACAUAUUUUAUUUGAAGCAUUAUUGUAAACAGAACAUCUGUGGCAUAGUAUUCACACCUUGCAAUUAAAAAGGGUUUAAUUGGUAAUCCGUGUAAUACUUGAGAGAGAAUGAUUUCUGAAUGCAUACCCUUGUUUGAUUAUGUUUUAAGUUGUUUAGGUUAUAUUGUUGCUCACUAUGCCAUAUGUCAGCCCUUAUUUAAUUUAGAUGUUUUUCACAACUGUGUUUCAUUGUUAUUCAGUCAGCUUAAUGUUUUUGUAUGCAGUCUGAUGUGUUUGUGUGGUAGACUGCAGUGCUUGUCAGCUGUCACUAGAGACAUAGACAGGAUAUCUGUCUGUCUACAGUGCGUCAACAUACGUGGUUACUUUACACAAUCAUGCAAAAUUCUAACAACCACACUUUUUAGAUCUAAAGAUACUACUACUGAAUAUGCUGUUGGUAUUAGUUUUGCAUAGCAUUUCCAAAAUUGCUCUUAAACUACUGAAUUUACCAAGAGGGAAAUGUCACCAUUAUCUUAUUUCACUAUCAGAGAAAAAUAAUAAAGACCAAAACAUUUUGAAACCCACUUUGCCCCUCCUAUUCACCUAAAUAUAAAGCUUACAGUUGUAUAGCUAAUCAGGCUCACUAUUUGAUAAUUUGUCACAAUCUAAUAACGCGCUGCUAUUUUUACAUGCUUUGAGUACAUUGUUACUUACUGAUUGAUGUCAGAUUUGGUAGGCUGAACUGUUAGGAUAAAUAAAUGAUUGCCAUCUCAAUGCAUUUCAACUGCCAUUUCCUGUUAAUACAAUUUUCUUUCAAUAAAACAAACCUUUUAAAUCCCAA